AUGCCUCCAAUUGUUACACCCCCCGAGCGGCCCCGGCUGAUCUGCUACCAUCAAACCCUCUGUCCGGAUAGCGGGCCAUAUGUCUCCUUGAAGCCCCUAGUGGAACACAACACUGGCAUCACGCAUGUGAUCUUGGCAGCCUUUCACCUGAACGACGAUCCCAACCACAUCACCCUCAACAAUGACCCCCCACACCACGCCAUGUACGAUGCGCUCUGGGAGGAGGUCCCAUUGCUCAAGCAGUCCGGGGUACGCGUGAUGGGAAUGCUGGGAGGGGCGGCUCAGGGCUCGUUCCGGUCGUUGGAUGGGGAUUUGGAGAAAUUCGAACUCUAUUACAGACCGUUGCUUGCGACAAUCCAACGCCAUGGGCUGGAUGGCAUCGACUUGGACGUGGAGGAAGAAAUGUCCCUCUCGGGCAUCAUCCGGCUGAUUGAUCGCCUCAAGUCCGACUUGGGGGAUGAGUUCAUCGUGACCCUCGCGCCUGUUGCGGCGGCCCUUCUGGGUAUUGGGAAUCUGUCCGGGUUCAGUUACCAUGAGCUGGAGCAGCAGCGCGCGUCCAAGAUCAGCUGGUAUAACACGCAGUUCUACAAUGGAUGGGGCCCUGCCGAAGAUCCGCGCAUGUAUGCCGCCAUCGUCGCACAAGGAUGGUCGCCCCGCCGCGUAGUAUACGGAGUGUUGACGAAUCCCGGGAACGGAUCGCAAGGCUACGUGCCGUCCGACAAGCUGGGGCCGGUUCUGGGGCAGCUCGUCCAGCAGUUUCCGAACUUCGGCGGUGUGAUGGGAUGGGAGUAUUUCAAUUCCAAGCCAGGAGAACGACAGAAGCCCUGGCAGUGGGCGGCCGAGAUGUCGCUGAGUAUGAACCUGAGGGAUGUGCUGAUGCCCGGUCAUGUCUUUCCCCCGGUUAUUCUCACGGCGUUGGUGAUUUAUCUUUCGACCGUACCUUCGCUCUAUCGGGAGACUGGCCCGCGCACGACUGAUCGAUCUAAGCAACUUCCUGCGCAAGACAGUGGACUCAAAACACUCCUGACUGGCUUACCCUCCCCUCGAUCGCCGUUGCUGACGGGCCUGACGGUCCUGAUCAACGUCGUGCUGGGUCUAUUCACACUGGACUUCCUACUCCGCGGAGCACUCCUCUAUGCCGCAGCGGAUCUCGCGUUCACCCGGAUCGGAUAUGUGUCUCCUCAAACCGCCAGCCUGUUCGUUCGAGAACCCGACUCGACUCAACUCCCGCUGGGCGUUUAUUACCAGGAGUGGAACCACAAGAACCCUACGCCUUGGACGGAAGACCCAUCGCAAUGGACACAGGAGGGUACGAUCUACGCGCUCACCAACUCGACGGAUUUCACUGCGAGUGUUACUCUCAAAGGCCUGAAGCCCUCGACCAAGUACCGAUACGCGCUGUCGAACAACCGUACGGGAUCUUUCACCACAGCUCCGCUGCAAGGUUCCGAGCAGGCGAAUACCUUGACCUUCCUGACAUCCAGCUGCAUGAAGCCGAACUUCCCGUACAACCCGCUGGCGCACCCACUGCGGAUCUAUGGGCUCGAGACCAUGGCUGAGACAGUCCGCGCACUGGCCUCGGCCGCCAGACCGACGUUCAUGAUGUUCCUCGGCGACUUCAUCUACAUCGAUGUCCCCCAGCGACUCGGGUCAUCUGUGGCGCACUACCGCAGCGAAUACCGUCGCAUCUACUCGUCGCCAUCCUGGUCCGGCCCAGAAGAGCUCCCUGCCAUCGACCUCCCCUGGAUCCACACGAUGGACGACCACGAGAUCGAGAACGACUGGUCCAAGGGAAACACCACAGCACCGUACACCUCCGCCGUAGAACCCUACAUCCACUACCACGUCAGCGUAAACCCUCCCAUCCCCGCCAGCGCGUUCGCCACGCCCGAAAACACAACCUAUUUCACCUUCACCGACGGCCCCGCCUCCUUCUUCAUGCUCGACACGCGCGCCUACCGCACGGAGCCCGCCCACCCAGACUCAACGAUCCUCGGCUCCGCCCAGCUCCAAUCCCUCCUCGCAUUCAUUGCGCGCCCCGAACCAUCCGAAGUCCACUGGAAGAUCGUCGCGUCCAGCGUCCCCUUCACCAAAAACUGGCACGUCGGCACAACAGACACCUGGGGCGGGUUCCUCAACGAGCGGCGCACCGUCUUCGAAGCAAUGUGGCGCGCCGAGCGCGAGCAAGGCAUCCGCAUCGUGCUCCUCAGCGGCGACAGACACGAGUUCGGCGCUACGCGGUUCCCGGACCCGACCCUGUCCCUCACAGACGACGAGCUCCGCCCAGACACACCCGGCGAAGGACUCCACGAGUUCAGCGUCGGCCCGCUUAGCAUGUUCUAUCUCCCCGUGCCAACCUACUACCAGACUGAUCAGGAGGAUGUGGCUAUCAAGUACAUCCCCGACGGCAACGUCAAGUACGGGCUCAUCGACAUCGACACUGUCGAGGAGGCGCUCGACGGCGUCGUCAUCAGCAGCUCUGCCCUCACCUACUCGCUCUACGUCGACGGAGAGGUAGUCUGGAAAUACCGACUCAGCGUCCCGCUGCACGACCUCCCCGCCAAAUCCUUCAAACACCCCAUCUUACCCCCUGGCGAGGUGCUACUCGACGAGCGUCCACCCGUGGCUUGGGUUGAGCGGAUCAAAGAGCUGAUUGGCGGGCUGAAGAGCCGGCUUUGA